GGAAUGGCAUUGGUUCCUCAAAGUAUGAAACCUGCCUGUUCGUCUGCUAUCGAAGCCAAACUAUUCCUGUUGUUCCAUACCAGUGAGUUAUCGGAACGUUUUCAAGGCACGUUACACGUGGGAAAAAUUGUCCAGACAGUCGCUAUCGAGAAGAUGUCACAGGUACAGCUACUUCGUCCAUAACGCCUUCAUAUUGGCCUGCAUGCAGGCUGGACCUGAAAUUAUUAAACGUUAUUCUUAUUCCUGGUUGGUUCAACAAUCCCAGGCUAAUUCUCAAUAUACAGUAGUCGUCACUUUCUUUCAGCUGCCGAUGUAAUCAGGCUGCCACAAUACAGUUUUGGGCCGAAGUUCGGUCUAUAAAAAGUCUAGCCUGCGAACAGGCGUUUAUUCAGUUACGAGACCCGCCUGAAUAAACGCCUGUUUGCAGGCUAUAAAAUGUCAUGCAAACUGUAUUGCCAAAGCCCCAAGCCGAAACAAAAUGGCUUGUAGUAUAUUCGCUUGUUUUAACAAAGUGGAACUGUUCAAAUUAUUGUCAAAAUCACCUAAUAAUGCAAAACUCCAACGGAUAGUUAAUAUUUUCUUCUAAAUAUUGUUUUCUCAACUUCAUACGAUUAUAAGAAUGUUUUCCCUCCUUUCACAUGAAAUAAAAUACUUCCUCUUUGUUGUCACGUUAAAUAGCACAUGCAAGCUAAUCACAUCUAUACGUUUGCACUAAAGAUAGCGUAUAUAUUUUUUGAAUUUUUUCCAGCCUCUGAAAACUGGCCAAUGGGCGACCGUAACAUUCAGAUUUCUGAGAAAUCCAGAGUUUAUCAGAACUGGUUGCAAGAUAUUUUUCCGUCAAGGUAGAACAAAAGCAAUGGGCACAAUCUUGAAAACAUUUCCGUUUGAAGAUAAAAUUGACAGGUGAACAAUUACGUCGUGGACUCAAUUAUGUCAUCUUUACCCUGCAAGGAAAGUCCAUUUUUAUCGCUUAAAAAGGCACCACGAAAGAUUUAUUCAGCCUUCCGGUUUCAAAUUAUUGGCUCAGGGUACUCAGUUCUGCAUGUAUAUAUAUAUAUACAUGUACACUUUUCAUUGUAAUUAUAUUUCUAGGGCACUUUUAGGAUAUUUAUGUAUAUAUAAGUUCAAAUAUCACUUGUUUUAAAAUUUAGAAUCAAUUUUCAAAUUAAAGUUUCUGAAACGUUCUCUGAUCGUAAAUUUUUAUUUAAAACACGAGCUUUCGAUUGCCAGUAUAAAUUAUAUCACUUUACCUGUCGAAGACUGUAGACUGGCAGUCGAAAGCUCGUGUUUUAAAUAAAAAGUUACGAUCAGAGAACGUUUCAGAAAUUUUAUUAUGAAUCCUGGUCACGCAUCUAGCAUUUUUAAAAUUUUCAAAUUAUCUAAUAUGUAUAAGUCGUAACAUUAGUAUAAAAGUGUGUUGAUAUGAGAUUUUUGCAUGUGAUAUCCGAAAUUAUCAAGGUCGAGGUACCCUACAAAUGUCGAGAGACUUUACGAUGUUGGAUGGCACUUGACGAGGACAGCUAUUAUUAAAAUGAAUUCAUGAAUUUAAGAAAAGAAAUGAAUAACGAAAAUCCGACAUAGGUUUUUGACGCCUUCCUUGUUCUGUUCGCAACUCGAACGCGAAAAGUGGUUUCAGCAAAUUGUCAAAUUCGUACUUCUGAACAACAAAAACCCUGGGUUUUGAAAACCCAAGUUCUUGUAGGUUUGCAUGGACAUGGUGAUAAAACAUAUAAUACCUUUUGUUUGUGGAAACACCACGUAAAUUUAUUACUACAAAGAUUUCGAUCCGUAAACCCGGAUCUUCAUCAGUGCUAAUAAAUUAAUACAUUCAUUAUUAGCACUGAUGAAGAUCCGGGCUUACUGAUCGAACGCUUUGCAGUAAUAAAUUUACGUGGUGUUUCCACAAACAAAAAGUAGUAAAAUCAUUGAAAUGAAAAAAACAAACUGAAAUGCUACCUCCGACCGGAAAUUUGAAGCCAACUUGAAGGCCAGUCCCAGUCUUUUCACGCAUGCGAAGAGUGCUCAAUCAGUCAAUGAUGAUAUAAACACGCGUAAUCUUACCUCCAGCACGCGUGUCUGGAGGUAAAAUUUCGCUUCAAGAAAAAGAUAGGCAAUUUAUAUGAAGGUAGCAUUCCAGUUAUAUUCAUUUCAAUGAGUAAAGUAUAGUUUAUAUUAACCUUUAGAGGUCAGUGUAUUACACAAGACGUGAAAAUAUCCCGUUGUCAAUAGCUUGGAGUCUUGGACGACAUCUAAAACCCCUGCUAGCUUUUAAUUGCAUGCGUAUAUACUCCCUAGUACUAAUGCGCAAGUUGUUAUGUUGUAACAAAGUUGUAACUGCAGGGUUGUUGUCAAGCCGAUAUCAGGACGUGUUCGCCCUGCUUGUUCCCAGUUGUUGUGACAAGUCUGGGACGAGUUGUUAUCACCUUGUUACUUGUACAAGGUUGUUUACGCGGUCACAGAUCUGCUACAAGUUGCUACGAACAAGCAGUGCGAACACAUCUUGUUCAUCAAACUGAGAUUUUGACGCAUGAAAAGAAUCAUCGAGCUUUCGAUGCGUGUAAAUCUAUGUUUUUAAAUUUGUAAAGUAUAUUUGUACAGCAUAAACCUAUUCGGUAUUAAUGUUAGUUAUCAUAGCAAUGAAUGAACUUGUUAACAUUAAUUUUUUGAAUCGGUUAAUAUUGUUAGAUGAAACUGUUUCAGCGUUUUUAUACCUCCAUUUAUUGAGUGGUAUGAAUGGCAAUAUAUUUUUUAUUACUCAUGCUUGUUCUGUUUCUUUUUCAUAUAGAAGUAUAUUUCGCAACAGUAGC